AGCAGACAGCAUAAAUUACCUGCUAUCCCCUGCUGCUUUAUAAUGCAUUAUGAUUGGUCAAACAUUGGCUCAUUCUACUCAAUGACCAAUCAGCAUACAUCUAUCUUCGCCACUAUCCUUGCCAUUUGGCGUGGGUAUAUUGUUGCGCGUCUUCAUAUAGCCGAACUACAUACAAACUCUACGUAGCUGCAUUCCUUGGCGUGAUUCCGUAAGAUUUUCGUAAGUUAAGAGCAUAGAGACAAUCAUGGGUAAGAAGGAUCGAGACAGUAAGAAACCUCGUGGACGCAUGUCUGCCUAUGCUUACUUUGUUCAAGAUUCAAGAGCAGAACACACCAAGAAUCAUCCAAACAGUCCUGUCAAGUUUGCAGAAUUCUCAAAGGAAUGUUCGGCAAGAUGGAAGAGCCUGGGUGAGAAUGGAAAGAGUGUUUUCCAUGAGAAGUCAAUGCGUGAUAAGAUUCGAUAUGAUCGUGAGAUGCAGUCCUAUAAACCUGCUAAGGGUGAGAAGGGUAACAAGAGAUCACGCAAAAGGAAGGACCCAGACGCGCCAAAGAGAAAUUUGUCAGCGUUCUUCCUCUUCAGCGGAGAGCACAGAGCAGCUAUUAAGAGUGUUCAUCCUAACUGGUCUGUAGGUGAUAUUGCUAAGGAACUUGCUGUCAGGUGGAGGACUAUGGGAGCUAAUGAAAAGGUCAAAUAUGAGAAUGGUGCUGCCAAGGACAAAGAGAGAUACAUCAAGGCGAUGGCCGAGUACAAGGCAAAGGCAAAGACAAUGAAGCGUCAAGCCAGAGAAUCUUCUAGUUCCAGCUCAUCUGAUUCCAGCUCUGAUGAUUCUAGUUCAGAUGAUAGUGAUGAAGAGUAAACCAUCAUACUAGUGAAACCACUCACUGUAAUUGAGUGUUACUCAUCAACAGGUGGCUAGCAUUGUUAAUCCACCAUCAUAUUUCAUUUGUGCAUAUGUUUUCCUAACUUGUCGCUUUAGAUCUCUUUUCUUCCUUGUCAAGGAGUCAAAUUCUCUUUUAAAUUGAUCAGGAAUGAUGUUGUACUGGAGGGCGUGCAUAGUUUUAGCCACUUAGUCCUGUACACCAGAUAGUUUGGAGGCUUGGUAUGCUUAAAUUGUAAAUGCUUUCUUUAAAUUAAUCUUGCCAUGAAUAGUCAUGUAUCCAUGGUAUUUUUAACAAUGAAGGCUGAUUGUAUUGUAUAUAUGCCAAAUUUUUGUAAUCGGCGAGGAAAACAUAUAGCACAACAAAUUAAACCCAGCUAAUCUGUUUGAAUUUUUAUAUUCCAAGGUUUUUUUCUCUCUCAUAAUCUCAUUAAAAUUUUGUUUAAAACAAAACAGAUUUAGUUGGAAAUGGGAAAUAUUCAACAAAAUUCAAAGAAGAUGAGAUUGUUUGCCUUUUCUGUCACUUGAGCUGAAACUGAAAUUUGGAAUUAAAUCAUAUCAUUGGCAACUCAGUUAACAGGCAAUUCUUCUUCAGAGAGAAAUAUUGACCAAGAUCGUGAUAAGAAACCUUGUUUUUGCUGGUUUUUUAUUUGGAAUGACCAUUGUGUUGUAAUGAAGCAACUCUUAGCAGUAUUAAGUAUAACAUGUUGGGUGAGACACACUUUAUUUGUAGACAUUGCUUUUUAUCAUUUGAUGUAAGAAAAAGAAACCAAAGGCUUCUCCCCUAAUCCACCAGUUUUGUGGUAUAUCACCCUGCUUUGGUAUUUACUGAUAUUCAUGUAAACUUGUUAUGUAUUUAAAAUGUGUGAUUGUUUUUAAUGCCUGUAUGUAUAAGCUUGUAAUUUGGCAAGGAUAAACAAAGUGAAAAUAAAGGUCAAGAUUCUACAUGAUUAUUGUAACUUUUGAAUACUUCUAGAUUGAGAGUCCAUGGAAAGUAUGCACUAAUUUUUUUUCAUGAAAUUAGGAUAAAGUAGUAUUAGUGUCUUUUAAAGAAAUGAAUGUCUCAAUCAAGUGAAUCUGUUAUUAUGACCAGUCAUGUAGAAUAUUGACGUUAUGUGUGAGUGAGAAAUAAGAUUGGUCUGCAAAUCAGACGUGGUCUUGUGUAGUACAUUUUCUUUCUGAUAUUUGAUUUGGCAGUGUUUCUAUGCAAAUAGGGGAUUUCCAAAUCAAGUAAACUCAUUCUAAAUGCAUUAUUUUAAAGUCAUCAUUUUGAUCUUAUAUAAUGGGGGAAUGGUUUUUAGACAUGAAAAUGGACGAGACGGCCCUAGUUUUUAAAGGUUUUUCAAUAGAACUUUCAUUUUGUAUUCAGUUAGAGACUUGAUAGAGUUAUGAUUAUUUCUCAAUUCUCACUCACUAUAUUGUAAUUUACUAUUUUCAGCCUUUUAACUUAUAAAACAUUUCUUAAUCAUUAUUAUUUGAGAUCUGUAUGUCUUCUGUACGAUAGCAUGUAAUAUUUGUUUGAGAUUAAUGGUUUAAGAGCUUUAUUUUUUCACAGGGGAAAGGACAGGAAUGCAACAGGGAUGUAUUAUGUGUUGGGUUUUGUUUGUUAUGUACCAUAUGCAGCAUAAGGACAAGCAGCAUGAAGAAUAAUGUCAACUAAAAGCAUUUUCAUAACAUUUUACAUCUGUUUUUAAAAAGACAAGUGUGGCUUUUUUUUUUGGUCAUUUAUCCAAUAGAUAUCAAUAUGUAUCACCAAAUAUACAUGUAUCCUGUUAAUGAAAAAUGAAGUAAAUGGUGGUUUGUAUAGACUAUGAUACAAGUUGAGAUAAAAAUCACAAUCUUAACAAUUCACUACUGGUCUAACUUUGACUAAAAUCUUUCUGUAAAAAACUUUUUGUGUUACCGUAUGUGUAUAGUUGUGUAAAGGAGGCCUGUUGGCCCAUUCUUUUAAAUUUCUUUCUGCUCUUCUCUUUAGGCUUGUUUACAUUUUAGGGCAUGGAAGAAAUACCAUUUUUCAGUUUUAUUUACUUUUUUUUUUGGGGGGGGUGGGGGUUAGUGAUUUACGAACUGUCCUGUGUAAAUACUGAUAAAGGCAUUCAAAUGUUAGCUGUUUGUUAUUUGCAUACAAAGUCUAUAGUAUGGUUUGAAAAUAAAAACAAAAUGUCAUUUAA